UCAUUUUUUGUUCUGCAAGGACACUGUACAAAAAACCAGUAUUGAUUUUUUUGUCCAUGAAGCAUGGAUCUACUGAAUCAUGUGAAGAUUAAGGAAUAACUUCAUUCCAUCCUUGAAAAGAUUGGUGUUGAAUCAACAUGAGCAAUAGAAAAGAUGAUGAUGAUGAGUCAAGUGAGAGAGGUAUAUUUCCACAUAUAGGGUAUCCAAGUGCACCUCCCUACCCUCCUCCAACUGGAUAUGCAGCACCAGGUUACCCUCCUCCAGGAGGGUACCCUCCAACAGCCUACCCUUCACCAGCAUAUCCACCACCACAAGGAGGGUAUCCUCAUCCUGGUCACUAUCCUUCAGAAUAUCCACCUGCAUAUCCACCAGCACCAGCACCAGCAUAUCCACCUCCUGGAGGGUAUCCACCUAAUGCUUAUCCUCAUUCAGGGUACUAUCCACCAGCUUACCCUGCUCCACAUGGUUAUCCACAAGCUAUGCCUCCAUAUUCUGCAGGUACACUUCAACAAUACUAUGGAGAUUAUAUAUGUUUGAAGUCUUGAAAAUAAUAACUUUUCCCUUCCCAUACACAAUAGUUUUGAGAU